GUCAAUCACGUGGUGUGUUGAACAGGUAUGCAAUUUGAAUUGCUGCGUCUGGGCUGUAAUGUGUUUGUGUGUGUUCUACAUUCUACACGCGUUCGCAAAUCGUGUCGUAGAGUCGAGUAUUCUAGCGGACUCCUUCAUUUUUGGCCUGCCUGACUGUGAUGGGAUCCGGCCCAACAGUGCUGCUUCUCUUAGGACUGAUACAUAGUGGACGAUCAUUGAACUGCUUCGUUUGUGCCGAUCAGGAGGAUAACCAUGAUAAAUGCAUCAAGACCGUGCUAACAUGCAGACUUAAUGAAGAUAAAUGCAUCUCUAACAUCGAAUGGAAUUUUGUUCCAGACUGGCGACAGGUGACGGUGAGACAGUAUUACAUUAGUAAAGGUUGUUCGACGACAACGGGGUGCGAUGUGCGUCUUAACGCGACUAGAGAUCGCUGUCAUCGCAAGUGGUACAACGCCUGGGAGUGCAUGGAAUGCUGCAGUGGAGACCUCUGCAACUACUACGUAACGCUUGGUGCAAUAUCAACCCGGCUUAGCAUACUGACGGGUUGCCUAUGUCUCGUUUUUUCGUCGUUCUGCGCAACGUGACGCAAUAUUUUCGUGAUGCGCGCAUGCGCGUUCGAUAGUCCAUGACACUCGGCGCGUGACUAACAUCCUUCAGACAUGCAUAGCGUGUGUUGAAUACUUGCGUCCUUAGACGCAACUUUCGAUCAUUGAAGCAAGCUUCAAUAGCACACUUGAAAUUCGCCAGUGAGUAUGAACUAAAAGGCAGGAGGGCGGUAAAACUCGGCGAAGUGUUAUUAGCUGGUUGAGAUUUUUUAAAUCUUGAUGUACGAGCAAAAUCCGAGGGAUUUUGCACUUGGUGCCCGAUAUCUAACGAUUCAUGACAUCAGGGGGGAAUAAUCACAAAUUAUUCAUUCAAAUAUUCAUUGUCAUUAUUCACUUCUGAUAAAUUUGAAACAGUAUAAGUACUUGCGCAUUAAUAAACGAUUAUGUGACAAUUCGGAGCGCCCCUGUGUUUACAGAUUACUUGCAAUUGUGCAUGCGCAUGCACUGGAACAUCUGCCUCGUUCAUACGAUAUUGAGUGAUAAAUAAUAUAGGUAAUGGCAAGUGGGCAUCAACAUUGUGUCAAGAGACGCGACCAGAAUUUACCAAAUAUUGCGGGUGUGCAGUUUGUGCGAAACCCGUCCGACCGCUGGAACAAUGCCAGUUAGUUGUGAGGUGUGGCAAGAUUGUGCAAUGAUAAAUUUUUAUAUAACAGCUUCACCUGACGAUCAACGCAAUAGAUUGCUGUUAGUCCUAUUUGCCCCGGGCGAAAUAUGAGACUAUGACAUGAUAACAUGCUCUAUGUAUAACAUGAGAUAUAAUAUGAUAUGAUCAUAUGAUGAUAGAUAUAUAUAUGAUGCCCUAUGAUGCAGGUUUUACCCUCUGCGUGGGGCAUACAUGCGUUUUAUAUAAUGUUUUCUGUCUUGUACAAAGUUGCCCAGUCCCUAAAAUUUUACAACUUUACAGAAUUUUAAGCCAUGUACAGAUAUGCGUGAAAUCGUAUUGGCGUGCACAAAGUCUAUCCAUUAAAUAUUUAGUCUGUUUAUUAUAACACUACUUUGAAAAUUUUAAGCAUAUUGCCUGCAUAUUAUAUAUUCCGACUGUUUAUUUCUACUUAUAUUUCCCUGUAUAGCACAGUUUCGUUAUUUCAAACACCUUCACAUUUAAGGGACUUUUUCAAACUCAACGACGUACACAUACGGAUACUAGAAAAUCAAGCGUAUAGUUUAUUCAGGUGUUUCGGCGAGUCGUUCGUAGAAUCAUCAUAAGUACUUCAUACGAUCGUGAGUCUAGAAUCUCAAAACUUUUGCACAAAACUCGUAUAUGUAAAUCAUGUACUACUACAUAUAAAUACUCAAAGCAUAUUCAAAAUGCUAUGAUGUUUAGACUUGCGAUGUCAGAUAGCUAUUCGUGGUAUUUCCCACGGCGGGAGACCCUUAUCUAGAUAUAUUUCAACUUUUCGCAUUGUACAUUUAACUGUCCGCGUCCGAUUUCAAUUAAACAUCUAUGCGUUUGUCGGUCCUGAGCACAUUUACAAUAGAGUGUCUUGUUUAGGGGGAGGUUCGUAAUUUUGCUGCCAGUGCCACCCCAUCCCGAUGCAUUCGUGAUUCGGUAUAUGAUACAUGAUUUCGUACAUUGAUAUGGAUUACAUUCUUCGUCAGUCUUUGAGUGUAAAUGCAUGGUUGGAUUGAGUCGUUGAAUCCUAGGUGUGUAUUUAUAAUACCCGUGACAGUAUUAUUUUAUUCUCACUGUUCUAUGUACAAUUGAGCGUUGCGUUUUACUCGUCCUGAAAUCGUUCGCAUAUUGUCGUUCGUUUAAAGUAGUGCAAUAAAUUUAUUGUUUACCUUGUAAGAUUAAAAA